AUGUUAGACCUUCUUCAAUCUUUCAACUACUCGCCUGAAGACAUCUACUGGGGCCAGUUAGGAGGUUGCUUGGAAGCGCUCGAUGCCGGAACAACAUUCGUCUUGGACCACUGUCACGGAUGUUGCACCCCAGAACAUGCUGAGGAAGCUAUAGCUGCGUUUGCGGAUUCCGGUAUCCGGGGAGUGUUCGCGUAUGGAGAAACGUUUCUGAAUCUCACAAGGUGGGAUACUGAGUCCUGCGUACCUGGUGCUCCUGCUAUCUCUGAAACAUACAUGCAGCAUCUAGAACAUCUAGCUCAGAAGGGUCCAUUGGCGGAUGGUCGCGUCAGGAUAGGAAUUGGAUUUGACGGCUAUCAUUUGCCACAGCAAGAAGUCAAAAAGCUAUUUGGCCGGGGCAUCAAGGCUGGGGUCAAGCUCAUCACUUCCCAUUGCGGGAACUUUGGGCCAUCCGUACCAAAGCUCCUCGAAGACUAUUCCCUGUUCCCUUCGCCAGAACAUGAUUACACUCUCGUCAUGUCUUAUGGAAACUACCUGAAUAAAGCAGACCUGUCGGUGAUUUCGCACCGUCAAAUUCCACUUGCUUGCUCACCUGCCACUGAGGCUCAGGGCUCCAUGGGCUGGCAUCUCUUAUUCGAGCCGGGACUCAACACUGCCCUGGGCGCAGAUUGUCACUUCCUUAAUUCUUCAAGUCUUAUGCAGUCAGCACGGAAUGCCCUUCUAUUCCCCCGCCUUUAA